UCUGUGCGCAUGCGCCUUACAUUGAGUUAAGCGCGGGACUGCAGAAGAAGGAAAACAAUUGCUAUCCGCAGCCCUCGACCCCGUUUAUCAAAGUUCAUAACAUUUACGUUUAUUUUUAAUAACUUAUAUCCAUAGUGUCGGUAUGUGGAAUCAGGGGGGAUACACUGACUCUGCGAUGGUCGGGGGUUAUACUCAAUCUCCUGGAGGUUUUGCAUCCCCAGCAUUGUCCCAGGGAGGAGAGAAGAAAGGGAGGACCCGUGCUACACAAAUCAUCCCCUGCACUGUGUCCCAGCUGAUGUCUGCCUCUCAGACAGAAGAGACCUUCAGAGUGGGAGAAGUGGAAGUGACGCAGGUCACCAUUGUGGGCAUCAUAAGAAGCACAGAUAAAUCUAUGACCAACAUCCAGUACAAGGUGGACGACAUGACAGGUGCUCCUAUGGACGUGAAGCAGUGGGUAGACACCGAGGACCCUAGUGUUGACAGCACUGUGUUGCCCCCAGGAACAUAUGUCAAAGUGUCAGGAAAUCUGCGCUCCUUUCAGAACCACAGAUCUAUUGUAGCAUUCAGUGUCAGGCCGCUGGAGGACAUGAAUGAAAUCACCUCACACAUUCUUGAGGUUGUCCAUGCUCACAUGGCGCUCAGCAAACCUCAAACUGUGCCAGGUAUCGGUGGAGGAAUGGGGGCCAACAGUACACCAAUGCUUCACCAAGGCCCGGGGAUGACCGGAGGGAGCUACGAAGGUGCCAAUGAGAGCCCACUAAUGGUCAUCAAUGGGUUAAAUGCAAAUCAGAACCAGGUGUUGAGUUUGAUAAAAGGCUGUCCGGACCCACAAGGCAUCAGCAUUCAGGAUCUGAAGCAAAGACUCAGUGGCAUAAGUCUUGCUGUAAUCAAGCAAGCAGUGGAAUUCCUGAGUAACGAAGGCCACAUCUUUUCGACCAUAGACGAAGAUCACUACAAAUCAACAGACAAUGAUGACUAACCCGCUUCAUCUUUGCAGCACUUAUUGGGUUUCUUGUUUGAAUUUAAGCUGUCACCUUUGUUAGUAAACAGUUAAAUUAAUCUGUGAUCGUCGGCCUUUUUACCACCGAAGCGCUAAAAUCUGGUUGCCUCGUAUCUCUGGUCGAUGCUGAAGAACACAGGCUUUGAGGAAACUUGUUUUUCACAUCCUGUAUUCCCCGAGCUCACUUCUGCAUCUGUUCAAGUCAGAAUAGCUUGGUUGUCCCUUAAGACCACACCACCUCCUCCCCCUGUAUAACAGUUUGUACUUUUAAAGACUUACAACAUUUGUAUUUCUUUAUUUUGCCUGUAAAAUUCCCUUUUUCUAUUAUUAAAGAUUAUACAAAAAGCC